UGUCCCUCGUCGUGAUGUGUGGGUCGUUGUCCAGGAACGCCCUGGUCAUCUAGUUCUUAUUCGGAGCAGGAUCAUCUGUCACUAAACCAUUUCAUCCAAGUGCUUGUCUGAGUUUGUGCAGUGGCUUCAUGGAUGUGUUUGGUGCAGGCAUCUCAUAGCAAAGGCACAGUAUAGAAGUAACCAUGAAGAUACCUGUGAAAGAAACACAGGGGAGGGUGGAGAAGAGGAGUUGAGGCUAAUGUCAUAAGCCCAUUAGUUUUUGCCACUUUGGGUUUCCACUGUAGUAGUGCAUUUAGUUUAACAAAGACAGCUUCCACUGAGGUUCACAGGAUCAUAGGAAUGUAGGGCUAGAAGGGAGCUCAUGAGAUCAUCUAUUCCAGGCCCAUGUUCUAGGCAGGAUCAUCCGUGACUAGUCAAGUUGCUAUUUUCCACCAUCUGACAGAAAAUCUAUAUACAUUAUUUCUGUUACCAUUACCUGUUUUACUUGGGCUUUGGCUGUGAAUAUAUUUUAAGGUUGUAAAGAGCUGAUGAUGGAAAUAAAGUUGAAAGCAUGUAGUGACAGGAAAGCAAUGUCUAAUUAAUGGGAAACCUGUGAUUAUUCUGUAGAGCAAUGAACAGGAACAGGCUUGGGGAAACAUUUGAGUUCUUGAUAUAAUUGUGUUAUGCUGCUUCCUAAUAAGAAGCUUCACAGGGAGAUGACCAUUGUUCCACAACUGUUUUAUGGCCCUCUGAGCUGUAAUAUUGUCCUUGAAAUCAUGCAUCCCUCUCUGCCACAGAUUUGGUUCAGAAUUGUGGCUGACUCUACAGUAACUUCUGUAACACAUCAUUCAAGCCUGUGUGAGUUCAGCUCACUGGAGGUGAUAAGGGUGUUGAUGUUUCAUUUGCAACUGAAUAAGCUUCAUCUUGCUGACAUUCCUUGAAUAAUGUGGCAGCAUGGAACCAGCAUUUCACAGAGGAGAUCUCUUGUUUUUAACCAACCGAAUUGAAGAUCCCAUCAGGGUGGGAGAAAUUGUCGUCUUUAGGAUAGAAGGAAGGGAAAUUCCAAUAGUUCAUCGAGUAUUGAAAAUUCAUGAAAAGCAAAGUGGAGACAUCAAGUUUUUGACAAAAGGAGACAACAAUGCUGUUGAUGACAGAGGACUGUACAAACAAGGGCAACAUUGGUUGGAGAAAAAAGAUGUUGUUGGGAGAGCAAGAGGAUUUGUGCCCUACAUUGGAAUUGUGACAAUCUUAAUGAACGACUACCCCAAAUUUAAGUAUGCAGUUCUCUUUUUACUGGGUUUAUUUGUGCUGGUCCAUCGAGAAUAGCCCUGUUGCACUGAAGUUCCUAGCGAAGAUGCCAUGCCUUUUUGUAACCAAGCAUUUUGAGUAUAUAACGAUUUGGUGUGUGUGCGUGGAUGUUUGGGGUGGGGAGAAAACGUACAUUUCAAUGCUUCUUAUCAUUUCGGGGGGUGGGGGGGUUGUUUUAGGGGGGGGUUUUCUGUGUAAGGAAGAAUGUUAAUCACAGUAUUUCCAGUGGUUUGUCACAUUUUAGCCUUUUUGUACAUUGUUUUUAUAUUAAAAAUCUAAGCCAAAGUGGUCAGUGCUUGUAUUUUGAAGCUGAGCUUCGUUUCUGAAGUGCCUACACAAACUUGCUCUCAAAAGUCAAGGCUGUUACUCUGGUGAGUGCAACCUCUUCUGUUCUGUAAUCUGGUAUAUAGCUGGUAACCUGUUGAAGUAGGAGUCCUCUGUCUCUCCCGUCCCU